AUCCACGAAUCACGACAACAACGACCAAAAGUAGUAGUUCCCGCUAGCAACCAAUUCUCGGAUUAGCUUCUUGUGGCGUGCGGUUCUUCGGUUUCAACGUCCACCACUGACCACACCGAUUUUCACAUCAUCUUCGUCUUCUUUUCCAUCUAUCUACAACCCAAACAAGAGUUCUGAUCAAAUCGUGCAAUGGCGGCAUCAAUUUCCAGGUUUAUUACCAAAGAUUGUAGAUUUCAGUCGUGUGAUGCUGUUCAAAGAAGAAUUGGGUUCUUUUCUGUAAGGUUGCUUCAAACCCAGUUAGAUCAAAGAGACAAUGAUAGUCAACGGCUAGGACUCUCCAACGUUACACAGAAUCCAGUUCUUGCUCUUUCAGCUAGAAAUUCAACAAAUAGGAGAUCACAAUUUAUCUGCAAAGCAGUGACAAAUGUACCUGAGAAUGAUCCAAGUAGCAGUCAAACGGGAAUGACACGAUAUGAACAAAUAAUCGAAACGCUCACAACUCUAUUUCCUGUUUGGGUCAUAUUGGGUACUAUCAUUGGCAUCUAUAAACCUGCUGCGGUAACAUGGUUGAAAACAGACCUUUUCACACUUGGCUUGGGUUUUCUUAUGCUUUCAAUGGGCUUGACUUUGAAAUUUGAAGAUUUCAGAAGAUGUUUACGUAAUCCUUGGACUGUGGGAGUUGGAUUUCUUGCUCAAUACUUGAUUAAACCCAUUUUAGGCUUCUUUAUAGCCAUGACAUUGAAACUCUCUGCACCUCUUGCGACAGGCCUUAUCUUGGUUUCUUGUUGUCCUGGAGGCCAAGCAUCGAAUGUUGCUACUUAUAUUUCUAAAGGAAAUGUUGCUCUCUCUGUUCUUAUGACAACAUGUUCGACUAUUGGGGCAAUUAUUAUGACACCACUUCUUACCAAGCUUCUCGCCGGUCAGCUUGUUCCGGUUGAUGCAGCUGGCCUUGCCAUCAGUACUUUCCAGGUUGUCCUGGUGCCAACUCUAGUCGGAGUGCUAUCAAAUGAAUAUUUCCCACAAUUCACUUCGAGGAUAAUUACUAUUACGCCUCUUAUUGGAGUUAUCUUAACUACCCUUUUGUGUGCAAGUCCUAUUGGACAAGUUUCCGAAGUUUUGAAAACCCAAGGGCUACAAUUACUGCUUCCUGUGGCUAUCUUACAUGGUGCUGCAUUUGCUAUUGGUUAUUGGCUUUCGAAAAUAUCCUUUGGUGAAUCAACUUCUCGUACAAUCUCCAUAGAGUGUGGGAUGCAGAGCUCUGCUCUUGGGUUUUUACUUGCACAGAAACAUUUUACCAAUCCUCUUGUAGCUGUGCCUUCAGCUGUAAGCGUUGUUUGCAUGGCGCUGGGUGGAAGUGGUCUUGCUGUUUAUUGGAGGAACAAACCGAUUUCAGUUGAUGACAAAGAUGACUUCAAGGAAUGAUUAUGAAAAAUUACUAACAUCUUUGAGUUGAGAAUUCAGGUAUUAAAAAGAAAGGAAUAGAUUAAUAAUGUUAUUUUGUAAUAAUUAAAGUUUGGAUUAAGUAGGUUUAUAUUAAUACAAUCAGUGUAUAUACAAAAUUGUGCUCAGAUUUAAAACCAAACACAAUAACUAGAAAUUAAUCUAACUUUUAUUAAUAAAACUAGGUAGGUUCUA